AUGGAUGAAGACAUGACUCAGAAGUCCUCAGUCAAAACAGAGAGGAUAAAACCAGAACGCCCCAUGGAGACAAAAAGCCAGUGGUCCCUGCUCAAGUUCUUUCUGCUUUGCCUCUUGGCUGGCAUGGUAACUAUUGUGGUGGGGAUGGUGGCUUUGUCUCUGGUUUGGGUUAACUACUCUGGCUUUAACGCAAGACCAAAUUAUGAAGCGAACAUAGAAAAGCAUGAAGUAUCUUUCCAAGAAAUCCCAAGAAUGUCUCUACUCCAAGACCAAGUGGACCCCAAGUUCCGGUUUCUCCACCAUCUCACUAAAUCCCAGAAAUUCGAAUUCCCAGGUGGUACCAUCCAGUGGUCCAGAUUUCGGAAAAAUGCCGACCAAUACGAGAACAAAGAAGCUAUGGAGUUUGGACAAAGCAUCAACGCGCAACGCUCCAAGAUGACAUUUGGAACUUUACUGCUAAAGGGUAAAGGCAUGCGUGUUCCACACUGGCACGCCAACGCCAAUGAGCAAGGCUACGUCUUAACGGGCAGAGCUUGGAUUGGGGUAGUGGAUGCUGGUGGAAGUACAGUCACGACAUACCACGUCAAGGCGGGCCAGCUCAUUUUCUUCCCUCGAAACACGUUGCAUUGGCUCAAGAACGUUGGUGCAGAAGAUUGUUUGUUCUUGCUGUUUUUUACCACCCAUGAAGAGCUUCAGAGUUCGGAUGUGGAUGAUGUGUUUUUCUCAACGCCUGAAGACAUUGCUGCAAGGUCGUUAAAGCCUAAAGGUGGAGUGGACUUCAUCAGGACGUUCCAGAAGCAAGCAGAAGACCAGGCGAUCAACCUUCCACCCAAUCUAGCACAGCUUGUCCACAACCCCAAGUAUGAGCAGUCUAGGGAUGCUCUUGUGUGGCGGUACUUCUUUGACCUCAAAGGGUCGACCGAGUUCCGUUUUCCGGGGGGAAUAAUGCAGUGGGCUCGGUAUGUCAAAGGUGGAAGAGGCCUGAAACCCAAUGAAAGAAUUUACAGUGAGUUUCUCCAUUCGAAAGAAGAUACUCUUACCUUGGGGACGCUCAGGAUUUAUAGAACUGGUCUACGGCAGCCACACUUUCAUUUCAAUGCCAAUGAGAUGGGAUAUGUCAUCAGUGGGUGUGGAAAGGUGGGUGUGAUAGCUUCACCUGCUCUCACCACCGACUUCAGCAUCGGUGUCGGAGACGUUGUGUUUUUCCCAGUCGGAACGCAACACUACAUCAAGAGCACAUGUGAUGAGGACUUGCUUUUCAUUUUGGCAUUCAGCACUGGAAACCAGUUGGAAACACUUGAUAUGGAUGACUAUUUCCAUGCCACAGCAGAUCACAUCCUGGCUCAGCUUUUCUUCAAAAAACAAGACGAGUUUAAGAAGAUUCCAAGGUUUAAAGAGGAUCAGGCAAUUAAUCUACCAUAACAGCUUGGAAAAAUGGCAACAAUAACUAAAAUCUCCAUCAAUUCACUUGCUAUUAAGAAUGUUUAAUGCUGCCUUUAAUUUUGGAGUCCCCUUGGAAGAGAUUUGUAUCUUUUAAAAAAUAAAUAAAAGUAA